CUGUUUACACCGAUGGGUGCCCUCCUCUUACAGACUUCCAGGACGAAGGUCACAGCCCGCCCUUUCAGGUUUGCCCUGCCGUCAGCGGCAGUUGUAUGCAUGCUCAUGCAGUGCGCUGGUGCUUGCUGGGUUUAGUACUUUAUGUAAGAGACAACAUUAGAGAAGCCAAGAUUCAUGUUCUUGGCGGACACCAUGCCUUGUCCUUGCAGCUAAGGAAGUUACUUUAGAAAGAAAGAAUACAUAUAAGAAACAAGAUGGCUCAUGCCGGGAAACGAUACCAAGAUAAGCAAUACAGGCACCAUAAGAACCAUGGAUCUGAUAGAUAUGAGGAGGACAGAAGAGCGAGAAAACCAUACCCAUACAAUGCAAGACGAACAGAAGAUAUCCGAGGUGGCCAGCACUCAAGGGCUUCCACUGUUUGCUCAGACCCUUACUCUAAAACCUCAGGAACAUCACGGGAAUAUUUUGGCCCGCCACCAGAAUAUUAUCCUCCCAAGGAAACCUUCUCAAUGAAGUGUUCAAAGGUAUGCACAACAAGAGGCAUUUUAAAGAUUGUGGAAAUCACGGUUAACCUCCUGGUGCUGAUUUGCGUGGGCGCUGCCCAAGCCUCUGUUGCAGGCUUCACAUCCUUUGGUGGCUUCGGCGCCGGAUCCUUCAGCCUGAAUUUGGCCUACAGCCCCUUUGAGGGCACGGAGCUCCAGGAGGUGAGGGAGCUAGAUGUGCAGUUCACCCAGAUGAGAGCCCCUUGCGUGUAUGGCGGGGUAGCCUUCAGCUUAACAGCAGCAGUACUUACCCUUGUCUUCCUUGUCGUGGGGUCAAAACCCAUCCAGCAGCUCAGGAUAGGGCUGCUGGUAGGCGAAUGUGCCUUCAACCUGGUGGCCGGCGUGGCGUACAUCGCAGCGGUCGGCCUCUACCUGCACUUUGUCAGCCAGGUGAACGCCACAGAAGUUUGCAAGAGGCGCGAGAGGCUCUAUGCACGCCGCGGUUAUACCUCCAUGAACUGCGUGGUCCAGGGCGGUGAUGCAGCUGUCGGCCUUUUUGGUGUCGCUGCUGCCUGUUUGUACUUUGCCAGCUUUGUAGUCUGCGUACUUGCUAUCCGAACUGUCCGGGCCUUCCAGAGCCAUGCCGUCAAGGCUCAGCACAGCCCCAAAACCAGCGUUAGAGACAGAAGCGUCAGAGGUCACCACGCCAUCCACAAGACCUCUGAAAGCUCCCACAACAUCCAGGCUCUUGCCACAUUAGUGUGAAGUCAGCUCUGGGACUGUGCCAGAGAGCCAGAGCUUGAGCAAGGGACAGCUACUGGGCAUCACACGCUAAACAGGUGAUCAGUCCACAUGUAUUGUCCUACAAGGUGCUGAAGAGUGUACCGAAUCACCAAAUGUAACAAUGCUACUAUAACAUGACGUAAUAAAAUUGAUGUUGAGCA